AGGACCUGUGGCCACCGUCUCCUUCCUCUCUUCUUGGAUCCCCUUGUUCACCCGCCGUUUCCCCUCCUGACUCGCCAUGGACCCCAAUGCUAUUAAGGAGGAGCUGCGCCUGUUUCAGAGCACCCUGCUCCAGGAUGGACUGAAGGAGCUCUUGAAUGAGAACAAAUUUGUGGACUGCACCCUGAAGGUGGGCGACCGCAGCUUCCCCUGCCAUCGGCUGAUCAUGGCCGCCUGCAGCCCGUACUUCAGGGACAUCUUCUUCACAGAGGAUGGGAAGGAGGUGGAGAACACAAAGGAGGUGGUCCUGGAGGACGUCAACCCCUCCAUCCUGGAUAUGAUCAUCCAGUACCUCUACUCGGCCGAAAUUGAUCUCACCGAUGACAAUGUACAGGAUAUAAUUGCAGUGGCGAACAGAUUCCAGAUCCCUUCUGUCUUCACUGUCUGCGUCAACUACCUUCAGAAGAAGCUUACCCUGGGCAACUGCCUGGCCAUUUUCAGGUUGGGUCUCAUGAUCAGCUGUCCCAGGCUCGCUGUGGCUGCACGCAACUACGUUGCCGACCGAUUUGAGUUCCUCUACAAGGACGAGGAGUUCCUCAAGCUCGCGGCCCAUGAACUGUUCGCCGUCAUCGGAGGAGACUCGCUGAAUGUGGAGAAGGAGGAGCUGGUGUUUGAGGCAGUCAUGGCCUGGGUCCGCCAUGAGAAGGAGAGUCGCAUCAAGGUCUUGAAAGAUGCUUUUAACUGCAUCCGCUUCCGCCUGCUGCCGGAGAAGUACUUCAAAGAGAAAGUAGAGACCGAUGACAUCAUCAAGGCCGACCCGGAGCUCCAAAAGACAAUCCAGACCAUCAGGGACGCCUUCAAGGGGAAACUUCCAGAGAUACCCAAGAAGAAAGAAGGAACAGAGGGGGCAGGGGAGGAAGGAGGUGAGGAGGAGGAGAGUCCUUUCCCCGGCUUCCUGAAUGACAACCGUAGACACGGCAUGUAUGCACGUGACUUUAUCCUCAUGAUCAAUGACACGGCGGCAGUGGCAUAUGAUGUCAAUGAAAAUGAGUGCUUCCUGGCGGCCAUGUCGGAUCAGGUGCCACGUAACCACGUCAGCCUGGUGUCACAGAAGAACAAGCUCUACAUCAUUGGGGGACUGUUUAUGGAUGAGGAAAACAAGAGCAUGCCACUGCAAUGUUACUUCUAUUUAUUGGAUCCACUCUCUUCUGAAUGGCUCGCCCUGCCGCCCAUGCCUUCCCCGAGAUGUCUCUUCAACAUCGGAGAGUGUGAGAACGUGCUGUUCGCUGUGGCUGGAAAGGACCUCCAGACCAAUGAGUCCCUGGAUACUGUCAUGAGCUAUGAUACUGAGAAGAUGAAGUGGAGUGAGACCAAAAAGCUUCCUCUAAAGAUCCAUGGACACGCUGUAGUCUCCCACAAAGGACUGGUCUACUGCAUUGGAGGAAAGACAGAUGACAACAAAGCCCUCAACAAGGUGUUCGUGUACAACCACAAGCAAGCUGAAUGGAGGGAGCUGGCAGCCAUGAAGACACCCAGAGCCAUGUUCGGAGCCAUCGUCCACAACGGCAAGAUCGUGGUGGCCGGCGGAGUUAACGAGGAAGGCCUCAGUGCUGCAUGUGAAACCUUCGACCUGGCAACAAACAAGUGGGAGCCCUUCACAGACUUCCCUCAGGAGAGGAGCUCUGUCAACUUGGUGAGCAACGGUGGCACCCUGUACGCUGUGGGCGGCUUCGCCAUGAUUCAGAUGGAGAACAAGGAGGUGGCUCCCACAGAGGUCACCGACGUCUGGCAGUAUGAAGCUGAUAAGAAGCAGUGGAGUGGCAUGCUGAGGGAAAUGCGUUACGCUGCCGGUUCCUCCUGUGUGUCCAUGCGCCUCAACGCUGCCAGGAUGCCUAAACUGUAGACAGAACCUUUUUCUUUCUUAACCCCACAUAACAACACCUCAUGAC